GGGGGCCUCGGAAUCCAGGGCACAGAGGGCCGGGAUCCCGGGAGCAGAGCUGCGCCCGGCCGGACGCGCCAUGGCGCACCGAGAGCAGCGCUUUUCUUCCAGAACGACGGCCAGCCGGCGGCCCGGAACAGCAAGAUGUCAGCGCUGGGAGACUGCACAGCUGUGACAGAGAGAUGACUUGAGGAGACAGCGUCUAUCUUCACAACAAUGUCCAUGAACAGUUCCAAGCACCCAGUGUCGCCUGCAGCUGGGCUUCUCGUAAACACAACCUGCCACACGGAAAACCGGAUUUCAGUAUUUUUUUCCAUCAUCUUCAUGACAGUGGGGAUCUUGUCGAACAGCCUGGCCAUCGCUAUUCUUGUGAAGGCUUAUCAGAGAUUUCGACAGAAGUCUAAGGCAUCCUUCUUGCUUUUGGCUAGUGGCCUGGUCAUCACAGACUUCUUUGGCCACCUCAUCAAUGGAGGCAUAGCAGUUUUUGUAUAUGCCUCUGAUAAAGACUGGAUCCGCUUCAAUCAAUCAAAUAUCCUUUGUAGUAUUUUUGGCAUCUCCAUGGUGUUCUCUGGAUUGUGCCCACUUUUUCUAGGCAGCGUGAUGGCCAUUGAACGGUGUAUAGGAGUCACCAACCCCAUAUUCCAUUCUACAAAAAUUACAUCCAAACAUGUGAAAAUGAUAUUGAGCGGUGUGUGCUUGUUCACUGUUUUUGUAGCUUUGCUGCCCAUCUUUGGGCACCGAGACUAUCAAAUUCAAGCAUCGAGAACCUGGUGUUUCUACAACACAGAACACAUUGAAGAUUGGGAAGAUAGAUUCUAUCUUCUGUGUUUUUCUUUUCUGGGCCUCUUGGCUCUUGGUGUUUCGUUUCUGUGCAAUGCCAUCACAGGGAUUACCCUUUUGAGGGUGAAAUUUAGAAGUCAGCAGCACAGACAGGGGAGGUCUCAUCAUCUUGAGAUGGUCAUCCAGCUCCUGGCCAUAAUGUGCGUCUCCUGUAUCUGCUGGAGUCCAUUUCUGGUGACAAUGGCCAACAUUGGAAUAAACAGAAGCCAUUCCCUAGAGACCUGUGAAACAACUCUCUUUGCUCUCCGCAUGGCAACGUGGAAUCAGAUCUUGGAUCCCUGGGUCUAUAUUCUGCUCCGGAAGGCUGUCCUCAAGAACCUGUAUAAGCUCGCCAGCCGCUGCUGUGGAGUGCACGUCAUCAGCUUACACAUCUGGGAACUUAGCUCCAUUAAAAAUUCUUUAAAGGUCGCUGCUAUUUCUGAGACACCAGCUGCAGAGAAGUCAAGUCAGCAGGCAUCAAGUGAAGCUGGACAGUAAGUCAGGGUAGGGCUACAAAGAGAGGAAGGAAAGUUUUGGCAGCAUCUCAACUGAUUAGAUAAAUAUACAUGGCUAACUGGAAAAUUUGGACCUCAGUGUUCACAUACUUGGGCAUGCUUUGGACAGACUCAGCUUUUGAAAUUUAUUGUCUUGGCUGCUGCUUGAGCACCCAUUUUUGCUUGUUUCAUUAACAGAACGGAGACUGCCAGUGCUAUGGACUCAAGUAAAAAAUAGUUUUGAGCUUAUCUGUGUUUUGGGAAUGAAUGAAUUCUUUGAGGCUUCAUGCAUUUACCUGUCUCCUUGGUUCAAGAAUACCUUAAUGCUGCCUGUACCGUGAAGUGGCCAUUUGGGGAUCACUGCCCUGCAGCGCUUCCUUAUAGACUGGGUUCAAAGAAGCACAAGACUCUAACUUUGUUGUGGGGGCUCUGGUCUCUUUACCAGUCCACAUGCCUCCACCUACAGAUGCCUGGCCAUGACGCCUGGGACUCUCCGUGGCUUGUGAUAACUGCUACCAAGGCCAGGUCAACUGAUAGGUAGUCUGACCCUGUGAGGCUGUUUAGGAUGGCCCAUUUCUUGAUAUAUUUGGAAAGCUGUGUCUUCUUGCAUUUGUUAUUAUGAAAGUCAAUUAUUAUUUGAUGGGUGUUUUUGUUGUCAUAGAUUUUCAGUUUCUAAGUAAUCUUUUCCUUGGAAAGUUGUAGAGAAACAGGACUUUAUCUUAGCACAGAUCCAACACACAGAAGCAGUAUCUAUAAAGCUCUACCACAGGCAGUGCAAGCCAUUUAAACCCCAGCAAUUCAUUGCGAAGAACAUUGACUGAGCUGCUUUGCGAUGAGCCAUCAUUUCUGUGUCUGAGAAUAAAAGAAAAACAAUCCAGAUAUAUCCAAAGACUGCUUGCAGCCUGAGUGUUUCUUCUUUAUGUAUACACAGGCAUUCACACACACACAAAUACCAGGAAAUUCUGCUGAUGGCAGUCUCACUAGAUCUGCAAGACCACGUCUUCAAAAGCCCGUGUUGUCAGUGUUGGGGUGAGAUUUGAAAUUGGCCAGGUCCUGGGGGCUCACUGUCAAGGUUAACCAGAGACCAAGGAGCAAUGAUCUCCUCCAAAAUUUCCCAAUUAGAAUUCAGUCUUUUUCUUUGCCUAUUUAAGAACACAAAGGACUUUAGAUUUUAGUACAAAUUCAAAACAUAAUCUAUCAGCGACUAGGGUAAGUAGUUCUGUUUUAUGAUAAAUGCAUUUUUGUACUUAAAAAGUCCAUGCUUUCAUCAAGUUUGGGUCUAUUUAAAAAUUAGUUUUCGCUGUGAAACAGAUCAGAUUCUAGGAAGUUUGAAAAUUCAUUUAGCGUCUUCAUACAUUUCUGCUUUUGAUUGGUAAGUUGCAUUGAAAGUAAUUAUUAAUUUUGGAAAAUUCUCAUGAAUAAAUGAAAAAAAUUAGCAAAUAGACUUGUUGGAGACUUAAUCAGUUUUCCAUGAAUUUAAAGAAAAAAUACAUAAACAUAUGAUAUUAACAUAAAGCAAGUAAGUGAUCAAUCACAUAGUUGAUUCUUAUAUAAACAGUACAUUAUGGCUAACAGACAAGAAUUUCUUGGUGUAAAUUGGGAAUUGUAAAGGCUGUGCACAUUUUGAAUUUAAGCUGCCAAUUACACAUUGGUUAUUGUGGUGUAUAUAUGUGGCAUGCAUGUGUGUGCAUGUAUACAUGUGUAUAUGUGCAUGCAUGUGAGAGUGUAUAUCAUGUAUAUAUGUGUUUAUGUGUAUAUGCAUGUGAGCGUGUAUGUGUGUGUGUUCAUGUGUGAUUAGAGUGUGUAUGAUCAUAAACAGCCAUUACAAUUUGUGAUUGCUGUUACAUGGCAAAAUGUUAUCAUGUGUUUCAAGAACACUUAAAGCCCAGAAGAACUUUCAGAGAGUUGUUACUUUCAGAUCAGAUGUUUAUUUCCUACUGAGAUUUAAGGGUGUUGGUGUCCUGCAACCCGAAGCAUAAGAGACCAAAUCUCCAUCUCCUCAUCACAGUGGGUCAAACAAUAUUUCCAUGCAUUUCUCCUGGGGAAAGGCACUGAGAAGAAACCCAUGCUUGGAGGCCUCAGGCCUCUUUCCCCUGAGCCUUCUAUCACAAGGCAGAAUUAGCCCUCUGUUGCCAUGACGUCACCCUGGCUGUGUGUCUUCACUGAGGAGAUCUUCUGAUAGCACCAUGUGUGGGAUGCAAGACUUUGAGGAGUGACGGAGGAGUUAUUCUGGGCAUGGUCUGGAAGUGGGAUCUGUAGUACCUGAACAUAGCUUUAGGGCAAUUUAACUGAUCUUAAGAUGAUGCUAAUCCAAAACUGUAGAUAUCAAAAAUUUAAAAGUUGAAAAAAACCUGAUCUUAGACUUUUCUUUCAAGGAAAAACACAAACACCACAGUUGAGCAUCUGACUUCAAAAGUUUUGUUUCUGUUAUUGUACUUGCUGUGUAGACUUAAGCAAUUUACUGUGUAAUGAGCCAAGUGCAAGCGUAUUUGUUCUUAUUAUUUAAAAUAAAUAGUAGAAAUAGUUCUGACAGGUUCAUCAAUUGGAAUAUUUAAGCUGUGUUUUAAAACUGAUAAUCUGUUGCAUGGGGUAAACUAAUGUCAACACAACCACAUACUAUUUAAGCUUUGGAUUUCUGGAGGAUUACGUUUUCUAGGCACACACUAAACAAGUCAGGCCAUUUAGAGUGUAUGAAUUUUAAAAUGAAAAUUAGAUAAACUGCAUAUUGAUUUUAAGGAUUAUGAAUAAAAAAAAUACCUAUCAAAAAUUAGUUGUGGGCACCAUCCAAAAUCAUCAGAAAGUUACCGGUGUGUUUAAUCAGGUGAUGGAAAUAUUCCUUUUUAAUUUUCAUUUUUUUUCUAAAAAUAGAAAAUUCCUAAAUGUCAAUACACAUAGAUAUACAUAAUAGAUAUCUGUCAUAUAACAACUAGUUUUGCCUUUUCACUUUCAGAUUUAAAAAAAUAACCUACCUUAUGUGAGUGUAGGACCUAAGUCAGGGCACUAAAUACACAGACUGAGCUUUUGAGAAAACUUACUGUCUUUACCUGCAUACCACCAGUGACUCAGAAUGAAUUGCUUUCUAGGGCCAAAAUAUAAAAACUGAGAAUGUGUAUUUUCUUAAUUCUUCAUCUGGCUAUCAGAAGAAUUUACCACCUGAUAAAUAAUGUUGGACUUCAAGUUGUUACUGGUACUCUUUAAUUGGAGAUGAAAUGAAAUUUUCCCAGUUGUGUGACAAAUGUAUUUUGUGUUCGUCAUCCUUGUAAACGAGAUGAAAUACCGACGAUUUGUGCAGGGUGUUACUUGCACCAGUAUGCAACACAUGCAGCUUAAAUGCUUUGACUAGCUUGAAGCUUCAAUUGAUUUUAUAAUAAAC